AGCCUUCAUCUAUCUCAGGCUUUUAUUGAUAUCGUCGUUGAGAUGCCGUCCGCCAAACCCUUCUCGGCCGCCGCAGGCAUGCUCCGAUCACGCCUUACCUCCACCAUCCGCCAACGAGGCGGCGACGGUCCUAGCCGUUGGAUCACCCCCGGACACCAGGAGCGCCCUAACGGAUACUUUCUGAAUCGGACUCCUCUCCCACCGGGCCAGUCGAGGAAGUGGGAAGACUGGGAGCUACCUUGUUACGUCACUAGCUUCCUAACAAUUGUCAUCCUCGGCGUCGGACUCAACGCCAAGCCCGAUCUAACCCUAGAGACGUGGGCCCACCAGAAAGCCGUCGAACGCCUUGAGGCUCAGCGGCAGAUCCUCGCGGCGGCUGAUGAUUCCGAUUGAUUGUCCAGUCUUGUGUCUUCGGAUCGAUGGUACUUAUGCCUAUGUUUUGACUUGGUGUUAUUCCAAAUCACUGGACUGAACUAAAGGAGCAAAAUCUUGGAACUUGGAUUUGUUCAUAUGUGGGUUUGUCAGUUUUUCUGAUAAUAAUGUUAAAUAUUCGAAUUGCUAUGAAAUUUAGGUCUUAAUUUGGGGGA